AUGGCCGUAAUUCCUACAUCGACGACAAUCGCCAGUGAUGCCUUCAUGGGAACUGCACAGCUCAAUGAGCCGCUAUUACGAAGGGAAGUCGCUGUUGCAGUUGGAGCCACCAUACCGGUGGUCAUUCUGGUCAUCCUUUGCGUAGGAUUUCUCUUGCGGAGGGCACGGGCAUCGCGAAAUGCUAGCCCCAGGGAAUGCGACACACGUGUGUAUCAGGAAAGUAAACUGGAAGACGGAUUCCGGAUUGUGGAAUCGGGAGGGGAAAUUCUGGCAAAGAAAAGUGAGAUGGAAGGUAGCAGCCGCACUGACAACGACGUUGUCCAGCGUUGCGAACGAGCAGAUAGUCUAGCUGAGUUGUCAAACGACUGCGCCCCAGCGGAGCUAUACUCACAGCCACUGGAUACCUCGCAAGACUACUUUGCAUCACCGGGCUCAUGUACCUAUGGUCAGUUAAAGUCCACUGCUGAGCUUGAGGCGCCAUCAUCGCCAAUCCCUCAAAGUAGCCCAACAUUGUCUCCAGGUCUUCUACCGGGCCCAAAUCUGACUCCAGUUCCUGCAUCAAGUCCUGUUUUGUCACCUGAUUGUGUAAGGAGUCCGAGGUCCUCAUUCUCUCGCGAGUCGGGCGUAGCGUCAGCAUCAAUAUUCACAUCAGCAGACAGUGUAGAACCAGGAGUCUCGACCCCACUGAUGGACAACAUUUCGCCUCCGUUUUCAGAUCAGCCCGUUGGUCCGUAUGAAUUGGAUGCCGUCGGGGUCGACUCACCGAUGUGGAUGGUGGGCAGAGUACCGUACCGAUGGGAACCGACAACAGGGGCGAAUAGAAUGUUCUUCGAAGCCGACCAAGAUAUUCUUCCAUUUGGAUUGAAGCGCAAAGCUUCUCAAGAAGCCAUGUCAUCACGACAACGAUUGGGCUAUGCAGCAUUGCCUGGAAGCUGGCAAGAAUUCGAUGGAUUGGGUUCUGCGACAGGGAUGAGCAUCGGUGUAGAUCAAGACUUCUGCUUCAUUGACCCUUGCUGGGCGACAGAGAGCCGUUUCUGUGCAAGCGAUUCGGUUUUGCAACAUGACGACAGAUCGUGUUGGGAUGGGUCCUCGUUGUGUGAGAAGCAAUUAAUGCCUGAUCGAAUCGCUCCAGUAGAUUCUGGGCCCAGCUGCGUCUUAGAACAGAGAAGACAACUCAUGAACGAAUCGCAGCAACGUUUCUUUUUCAACGCUGUAGCAGCUUUACACGCCCAGCAAGACGAAUUACAUGCCAGAUUUGGCGUCGCAUCUCCAACUCUUCGAGAAAAUUUUGAACUCGAUGGGAGCUCGUCUGCAGCUCAUGCUUCUGCUCAAUCGCCGUCAUCCUUACAAAGUUCUUGCUCAUUCUUCGUCCCCGAGACACCUCGAACUUCCGCUACCAGCUCAACCUUUUUCACAACUCAGACAAAGCAGUUGAAUUCCGACUUCUCAACGGUAUCGUCAGCUACAACAGCAACAUCACAACCGCAAGCACAAUCUUCGAUAUACGUGCUCUCUAUGUGGCAGACCCUUCGCUCUUCGUGCUGA